UCACAGGAAUGUAAAUGUCUGAGGACCAGGCAGCGCAGAAGGAUGAGCUGCUUGUUCUAGCAAGUAUUUACGACGAAGAGGAGUUUCACAGAGCUGAAUCGGCACAAGGCGGAGAAAUACAACUAUGCCUUGAACUUCCUCCAAGUUUCAAGUUGAUAGUCAAAGGUAAGGCUGUGUUUCCUUUCCUCUGCAUUAAUCCUACAUUGUCCCUUUUUUAAAAAUAAAAUAACUGUUAAUCAACAUUAAAACCUGAAAAAUUGAAUGUGUUUGUUUCUUCAGGAGACAAGCAGACAGAAUAUGACGUAUCUUUCCUACCUCCUCUGGUGCUUAACUUCGAACUUCCUGCCGACUACCCUUCUUCCUCAUCUCCGGUCUAUACACUAAGUUCCAAAUGGCUGUCAAGGGACCAGGUGAGGCAGAUGCAUCAACAUAAGAAAUAAAAUAACAUCUUUCAACAACAUUCCCCUUGUCUUCCUGACCAACCCUUAUUUCUACCCCCUCAGAUGACUUCUCUCUGCAAGCGUCUGGAUGAGCUGUGGGGGGAGAACCAGGGCUGCGUUGUCCUCUACAAAUGGAUCCAGUUCCUCAAGGAGGAGGCGUUUGCCUUCCUGGAUGUCAAGUCUCCACUAGAGGUUGUUAAGGCGGGCAAGGCUCCGGUGGAGCGGAAGAGAAACGAGGCUGGCGUGAAGCGGGCGGGGAGUAUAACCGGGGAGAAAGGCAAACUGGAGCCCCUGCAGGAGCUGGACCCCCGUGCUGUGCUGGUGGUGGACCCCCGUACUGAUAUCCUACCUCAGCUCCUGGACUUUGACGAAGCUCAGAGGCAGAAGGUGUUUGACGCCAAGGCGUUCUGCUGUAGCAUCUGCUUCAUGGAGAAGCUGGGCUCGAGCUGCCUGUGCUUCAAGGAAUGCCAGCACGUGUACUGCAAGGCCUGCAUGACAGAGUACUUCGGGAUUCAGAUCCGCGACGGCAAUGUUCAGUGCCUUAACUGCCCCGAGCCCAAGUGCACCUCCUUGGCUACGCCCUCACAGGUAACUUUUGACUCAACUCUUAAAUUAGCUCUUAUGAGAAUAAUUUGCUCUUAUGGCACUCUUAUGAGCACUGACUAAUACACUGCCCCUUGUACAGGUCAAGCUCCUUGUCGGGGAGGAGUUGUUUACUCGUUAUGACCGCCUCCUGCUUCAGUCCAGCCUGGACCUGAUGGCUGACGUGGUGUACUGCCCUCGCCAGUCAUGCUGUCAGGCUGUGAUGGUGGAGCCAGACACCACCAUGGGCAUCUGCCCUGCCUGUCAGUACGCCUUCUGCACCCUCUGCAAACGGGGAUACCACGGCCUGUCGCACUGCAAAGUCACAGCAGGUAAAGGAAAUAAUUGUAUUACGUAGUCUAUAUUAUAUUACCUGACAAUUAAUGAGUUAUAUGCUGUGCACAGUCUAUGCACUAAAGAUGAUCAAUCAAAUGGAGGUUAGAAUAAUGGUUUUGGUAUUAAGAGGGGCCUCUCUUCUGCCAUGUAGAUGAGCUGCGAGGCCUGCGGGAUGAAUAUAUCUCUGCCAGUGCCGAGGGGAAGAAGUUCAUGGAGCAGCGUUUUGGAAAGCGGGUUAUCCAGCGUGCUGUGGAGGAGUCCUUCAGCAGGGACUGGCUCAAUGAGAACUGUAAAGGCUGCCCGCGCUGUGGCACUAACAUACAGGUAUGUUGCUCUCUGCACAACAAGCCUGUAUUCUUUAGUUUGGAUGUGUUUUGCUGCUCCUACAUGAGGUUGCAGUUAGCCUAGCGGUUAGACCGUUCGGCCAGUAACCGAAAUGUUGCUAGUUUGAAUCCCCGGUAAAAAAAAAACAAAUGUUGAUUUGCCUUUGAGCAAGUCACUUAAACCUAAUUUCUCCCGGGUUGCCGUCAAUAAUGGCUGAUCCCAUGCCAUGACCCCACUCUCUGAGGAUCUCCAGGGGAGUGUCCAUUUCACACCACACUGUACAGGUUACACACUUGUACAUGUGUGAAACAGGACAAAUACAAACACCCCCUUUUUGACCUGAUCCCAGGGGUUAAAGUUCUCUGUCAUUGUGACAGAUUUCCGUCAUAUCGAUUCUGGAGAGGUCAUUUUUGAGAUUUUACAUUUUAGUCAUUUAGCAGACGCUCUUAUCCAGAGUGACUUACAGUUAGUGAGUGCAUACAUUUUUUCAUACUGAUCAGUGUAGAUCCGCAAUAAAAAUCUCUGAGAUCGUGGAGGUGGUAGAGCCUAAUACAGACAGAAGCAUGUCUGUUCUACGAAAUACAGUAAAUCAUAUUUCUCCACUCCUGUUCCCAAGUCAAAAUGUAGCCUACAUUUGGUGUAUCAUUUUACUGCAAUAAAUACUUAAUUCUGCAGGAGUUAAUAUUAAGGCUAUGUGAGAGGUUAUAGACCUAUAGCCUACAGUCAGUGUCCAGAUUUCAGUUUCCAUUUAACCCAUCUGAACAGUAGUAGGCUACAGUUCCCUUGACGUGCCAUAGGCCUGUUUGAAUCCCCAUCUUGUGAAUGUCGAAUUUUGUAUAGCGCCUCACAAUCAUCACACGUACUGUAACAUCACCAGCACUGCUAUCAUCCUCUUUUACCACUUCACCAAAUCUUCCCAAACAUGACUUUUCUGGCCCUCCUCUUUAUUUGAAACUCUGACAUUGUCCUUUUAUUUAAACUCAGACAUUUUCCUUUUUGCCUCUGUGGAUCGACAUUAACUUUUUCUGCCCAUUCCCAAAAGCGAUUGGCGUGUAGGCUAUUUGUUGUCCGUACAGUCAGGCCCUAAAGCCAGACGGCCUAAAAUACUGAAAGAAAAACCUCAAUGUAGCAACAGAUAUCAAUUUAACAAGAAUUAUACACAAAUAGAUUUUUUAAAGGUAUUGUUUUCUCUAUAUUCAACUCGCUUGCCACCCACCCGCCCUUCAUCCACACAAUAUUUCAUGGCCCUAAACCUGUCUGCCCCGCGGAAAUAACCGGGGGCCAUCACUAGUAGAUUUUAUAGCCACUAUGCUUCAUCAUUUGGGCCACAGGUAUUCCUUCUUAUUGCUAAUAGCGCAUCUGAUCAUAUAGAACAUGCAUAAGCUAUAUGCAUGGUUCAAUAUGUUAAAAUACUUUUUACAUUGUUAUUGGGCUAAUUUCUGGAUGUGGAAAUUAUGUUUUAGAUGGUAUCAGCAUCAUUUUAUUUGAAUACAUUUUGGAGUAGAAUGACCUUUUUAAAAAGUCACCAGAACUGAGCUUCUCAGUCCUUCUACAUAAACAUGAUCUCGAGGAGGACCACGGACCCCUUAAGCAAGGGGAAUCGAAUUGGUCAAACUCACAGUUUAAUACACAUACAAAAUGAUCCUCUUUCCCUAAAACUAUGAUGGUCAUGACUUUCUAACAUGAAAGGUGAGGUUAACUUGGCCCCAGACAAUCAAUCUGAGAUCGACUUAAGUUUCAGUCAUGGGAUUUAUUGGUUGUUUUAACCCCUAUGAUCUCUAUCUAUAGGAUCAUUUGUUUGAUCAUCUUCUCUGUUUUCUCUGUGUAGAAGGUAGAUGGCUGCAACAAGAUGACCUGCACCUCGUGUAAGCAGUACUUCUGCUGGCUGUGUCUGGGCCAGCUCACACAUGUCAAUCCCUACAGCCACUUCAACAACCCCUCCUCGCCUUGCUACAACCAGUGAGUAGCUUUGUUAUUGUCCUCCUUCCUUUUUUGGAAGGCGUCAUUGACGAUUGGCUCUGUGUGUCCAUUUAGGUGUACGAUAAAUCAGGAUUAUGCUCAUAGAAUGUUUGUCUAAACUUUUAUUGACUUCAUAAUGAGAAAAAAUGACAUUUUUCUUUGGUGUUUCUUUGGUGUUUUCUAGGCUGUUCCAGGGUGUGGAUAUUGAUGAAGAUGAUGCCUUCUUGAGUGAUGAAGAGGACUGAUAUGUGCAAUGCCUCCAUGUGUGCUUCAUUUGUAUGCAAUUUAUGUCACCCUCACUAUACAAACUACACAUGGAUUUAGCCAAUAUCAUUUCUCACCAUCAUUGAUCAGGCAUUUACUAUGCCAAAACAUAUCAGUCAUUUCUAAUGGUUGACUGGCUAGCAGAGAGCGAUUCCAAGUUGAUAUAGGUACAUUACCUUACUCCAUACAGAAGUAAAAUACUCAGGGCCAGUAUUUUUCUGAAAGAAUGCUUGUGAAGAGAGCAUACCAAAAAAUGAUGGAUUACAGUUCUAAUGAUGAGUUCGUAUGUUUAGAUGAUUUGAACUGAUAUUGUUGGCAUGUUUUAUCAAUCUCAAUUUAAAAAGAAAAUUCUGGGGGUGAAAUCUUACAAUGAAGAACAGAGAACAACAUCUUCAGAUGUUUUACUAUUUAUUUUGUGUCCUUUAGAACAACUUUAAUCGUGAGUUAAAAACUAUGUGGAAGAAUGUCUGUACAUCUGGAUGCCAUCCAAACCAUGAGCUAACAACUUGAUGUUGAAAGGUUAAAUAAAGAGUUGCCAAAUUUGACAUUCAGCCAAUGGCCAUCAAGGCAUAUUAUUUAAUGUUAUGUUGCUGGAAUAGGAUUUUUAGACACACUGUUGUCUUUUCACCAAAAGGUACACUUUAUUUAUCAUGUAACAUGAUUUGUUUGAAUGAGACACACACUGAUAUGGCAUUGUUUCAGUACAAAAAGAUCAGUCCUUAACCACAUUUCCUAGUUACUACCUCACGUUAUCAUUUUCAUCCUAACCUUUUAGCUAGUAAGGCUGAUUGAGGGGGAAAGUCUGUCGUUGAUAUUUGCAGUAGUCCU